GUCGGUGCCGCUUCAGUCAGAUCAGCUGAUCACGUCGUACGGACCAAAACAAGCUAAGGCUAGCUUCAUGUAGCCGUUGGCUAACGUUAUGAUAGGACAUGGCCGUUUGAUCGAUCGUGAUGAGGUAGGAUUGUAGCCUAAACCAUUUCGACGAGUAUUGUUUGACGCUAUGCGAAGCUAAAUUAAUCUUAUUUAUUUGGAGGUCCAGCUGUGCAUCGGUUCGCUAUAGCUGCUCACCGUUUAGCUUCGUAGCUAACCUGCGUCAGCAGCUAACAGGCUAACAGUUUACCAGUUCAGACUGACAGGUCCCGUUAGCGAGUCAUUAUCAGUAAUGUUAGCCUUUAUGGUUAAAGUGUGUUUGGUGAAACUGAAGGUGUGUGCUAAUUCUAUGAAUACGAGUGUGUUUUUAGGCCAGCAAUGUAAAUUCUGUUUUAAACGAGCACACUUGCCUCUCUGUUGGGUAACCUUAAAUGUAUGGCCCUAUGUUAGCUCCUUGCAAAAUUAGCAUAACAUUAUGUCACAAUUUAAAUAACAUUUGACAAUCUUCAGUCGUUUAAAUCGAGUGUUUCUUCCGGCUCCUGUAUUUAAUGGAAGCUUUAAAGUAGUUUGCGGUCAGUAUUUUUGCUUCGGAGUCUGGAGACCUGCUUUUUACAAAUUUAAAGACUGACAUUCAUCAUUGACAGUAACUGUAGAUGUGUACCCAUAGACUGUAUACAGAAGUAUAGUAUACACAGUCUAUGUGUGUACCACAGCACAAUAGGGUCAGAAAUAGCAUAACAUAGUCCAUGUGAUUGACAAGACUUUAGCCGUUUUAAAAUUUACUAGGUCAUUAAAUUUUCUUCUAAAAUCAAAAUAGUUAAAAUUUAAUGACAGACAAUUUUAAAACAGCUGAAGUGCCGUACAAAGCAACACCAAGUAAGAUACCUGGUAACCUAUAGAAGAUGUUCACAACCAGAGAGGGGGACUAUAAUCUAAGGGGUGAAAAUAAAUCCAUUUGUCUGAUUGUUCAUACAACUCUGAAAAGUAUGUGCGUUUCUGAUUGUGGUGUUAAACAGCCUGGAGUUCACUUUAAAAAUGUCCAAUAACAUAAAAAUAUUUAAAUCAAACUAUAGAGAAGUAUUUAAAAAUACAUAUAAGUAAACUAACAAAAAUGUGGUUUUAUACUAGAUAUACUUGAUUGCAUAGAAGUAAAAUUAAUUCAGAAUAUUAAAACACUGAUUAUUAUUAUUAUUAUAUGAAAAUAAUUAUAAUAAGUAACCUAUGUAGUGUUGAGCAGAUAUCUGUCUGUGCAAUAAAAUCUCUAAUUUGCAAGGAAGGGUCAGGACUAGAUAAGCUCUUUGCUUCAUUCUGUUCCUUCUCAAACUGUUUAUUUUGACAUACAUAUGUUGUGUUAAUUUAUCUUUGACAUAGUUGUUUGGUGUACAUGUGUAUUAUUUUGCUCAGUUUUUUUGUUUAUAGUUGUUGUUUUUUUUGUUUUUGUUCUUAAAAGUUUGAGAUAAGACAGAAAGAACUGUUCCCAGAUGAACAAAUAGUGCUACAGAGUAAGGGGAAAAACUCACACAGAAUAAGUAUCUUAAUUGUCUUCUUAUCUACUUUUUCAGACCCUGGCUUUAGAGAGGAAUUGAGAGAUCAAGCCAGCAACCAAAUUAACAGUUUCAAGAGGAAACUAACUAUGCCUUAUCUCUGAGGAUGGGAGGAAGUGGAUCCAAAGCCAAAGGGGUCUGGCCUUUCUCAGGCAGUGGAGCAGGAGGGGACUCACCUAGUGAUGGAAACGAGCAGUCUGUAGCCCGCCUCAAAGGUUCCAGAAGUGCAACCCCCUUUGUUUUUACAAGACGGAGGUAAAUAAUACAUUAAUGACUGAAAAAAACAACCCAAUUUGUCUCUACUAGAAAGCUGAAUGAAGAAACAUAACACUGUAGGAAGAAAGAGAUAUGAAAAAGUUAUAUCAGCAAAUGUGCAAGGCCGGAUGUAGGUCAGGACCCAGGUUAAUGCACUAAACAAAACAGCUUCCUUUUCCCUAAGCCACCAGAGUGACCCUAUCAAAAUAUGGCUUGUUAUUUUUUAACAGAUAUGUGUGCUGCAAGGGAGUUUAGUGGUAAUUGACAACAGGAUUUGCAAUGACUUCUUUUAUCUAAAACCAAGUCAAAACAAAAAUUGUACGCAGUGACAUUUUUUAAUGAACAUGGGUGUAGAUGAAGAUCAAGUGGUCAUGGUUAAAGAACAACCACCUUAGUUUUAAGAUGUAAUGACUAGCUUGCAACAAAAUAAAACUGUCUUGCCCUCUUUCCAUCUUCCUCAAUGCCUGUUCCUUAUUUGCAUUAUUCUUGAGUGCUUUCUGGCAGGUAUCCCAGUGAGGGGUGGGUAAGAUCUCCCUUACUAGCUCUCAGUAAGGAUGAAAUUGCAAAAGAAAAUCCCAAAAGGAGAGAUUCACUUACUUAUAGGCUGGAAAAAGUAAAUAUCUGGAAGGAAUUGACUUGAUUACAAGAGAAUGAAUAGCAAUCUGAAGCUACGUGGUAUGAAAUACGCAGCUUCUACCAACAACAAGAUAUGUCUAAAUUACUAAAUAUAGAAUUAGCUUUGAUCUGGUGCAGAUGACACUUCCUGACAUGCAGCUUAAGAGUGUUGUUUGCUGUAUUUUCAGCUCCUUGUACUACGACGAGGAUGGCGACCUUGCCCACGAAUUCUAUGAGGAGACAGUGGUGACGAAAAAUGGCAGAAAAAAGUCCAAGUUGAAGAGAAUCCAGAAAAAUCUGAUCCCACAGGUGAGCUACUUUUACAUUACUGACCUGAUGAAAGGAUGUUAAAAAUGUUAUUUAAAUUAAAUAUCUUUGUUGUUGUUUUUCAGGGCAUUGUGAAGUUGGACCACCCCUGUAUUCAUGUAGAUUUCCCCAUUGUGCUCUGUGAGGUGUGAAAAAGCUGCUCAGGGCGGAUUGAUAACCAUGAAGUGCAGCCACAGGUACUCAUCUCAGAGCAAAGUCUUGUCCCGGUCCACAAGCAUUGCAGUCAAGACUGGAGCCAUGGCGUUUAGAGAAGAUGGAAACUGUGGUCAAAGGGUGCCCUGUUCAUGAAAACCCUUACCGAUAAUCCAGCUGAUAUGUACGCAGUCAUAGAGGAUGCAUCAUAAAGCUGUAUUUCUCUCGUAGGUCUUUUGCAGGGAAGAACAUUCUUGAUGUGAAAAGGCUUUAACAGUUAUUGCCUUCUGAAGGACGUAGAGUGAAACUGUAUGUGUCUUUGUAUGUGUACAUGUGUGCACUUAGGUUUGUUUGGAUGAGAGUGUGAGAGGGAUUGGAGAUGUAUUGACAGGGUAGGAAACUGAAGAGUUGUGGGAUUUAUUGUAAAUACAGUAUGGCCAUGUUCUGUAUCGUCACGUCUGAGUCUGUCUCAGCUAUCAAAGCUCAGACCUGCACUAGUGAACAUAAUGUACUGUAAAUAUCAUCAGAUUUCUUAGUUGGAAAUACUUGAAUAAAUGGUUUACUGAGCUGAAC